AUGUCUCAAAGACGAUUCCACACUAAGAGCCGCCAUGGCUGUGUGCAAUGCAAGAAGAAUCGCACGAAGUGCGAUGAAAACAAACCUCACUGUGGGCGAUGUAAAAGGAUAGGGGCUGUUUGCUCCUUGGCUGAUCAGCCAUCAAACCUGGUUUUUCUUCCGGCCAAGAAUGUAGACGUUCAAGCUCAAGCCAGCAAUGAGUCGUCUCACAACAAACAGAAAUCAUCUAGCCUCUCCGAUGAGUAUAGCAGUCCUUCGCCUGGCGACCUCCUGUCUGUUACAAUGUCCACACCCAGUACUGAGCAAUCCAAUGCGGAAUCUUACUUUGCGCGCUCGGAAAAAGAGCGACUUAGACUGAUGAAUCACUAUGCUCUACACACAUCGAGAAGUAUCACCGAAAUUAUCUUACCUAAAGACCAAGACCAAUCGAUGUGGGGAGACUGGGUACCUGAGCUUGCCUUCGAGCACGAUUUCCUUCUCCACGGCCUCCUGGGACUAAGCGCAUUGCAUUUGGCGCUGCGUGGUAUUUCACAACAAAAGCACACGGUGAUGGCUAUCCACCACCACAACCUUGGCCUUGCAUUGUUUCGGCCUCACCUUUCCAAUGUCACACCAGAUAACCGCGAUGCUAUCUUUGCCUUUUCCUGUGUUGUCGCCCUCUACACCUUUGGAAUACAGCGGUCCUCCGAGCCCACGGAGGAUCCCAUCAAUAGAAUCUACCACGUUUUUUCUAUGAUUCGUGGGUCGGCUUUGUUUGUUAAAUCCGAUCAUGACGCGAUGGAACAAAGUCAUUGGUCCGUUUUGAUGCUACCGUAUCCUUUUCCAUCGGUAAAGCUCCCAGGGGAAAUGGAGGAUAUGCUAAAUACAAUUCUACAACGCAUUCCGACGACAUCCACAGCCACUCAGAUCGAAAUAUAUCAGCCAGCCAUCAGAACAUUAAGAGAUAGUCUUGCAAUGGCAAUCUUGUAUCGGCGUACCAAAAUGACCCUAUCAUACUUUCCGGUAGUGUGCCCACCCGAAUUUUGGGCAAUGGUGCGCAUUUCUGAGCCGCUAUCGCUGGCAAUUCUGGCCAAUUAUGCAGUCACCCUGCAUUGGUUGCGGAUGAAUAUAUGGAUGGAAUGCUGGGGGAAGGAAAUCGUGAAUGCUGUCCAUCAAGUACUGCCGUUAGAUUGGCACGACUGUAUUGCCUGGGCUGUUCGAGAAACAGACCGUCCCUCCCAAGCCGAUGAUUAUGAGAUCGAAGAUCACUCUACAUCGGCCUCGGAUUUGCUGCAAGCAAAACGCACACUACCUUGA